AAAUUAUCAAUCUCUCAUCGAAAAGUGCAAUAGACAAGUGUCAUAUGAAAAGAGAAAGGUUGAGUACGUUUGAUAAGACCAGAAUCAUUUAUUUCAGAUUCGUGCUGCUUGAAACUCGUACAUGCGCAGAUUUGCUUAAUGCUGAAGACGCCGCAUGGCUGCAUGUACCAGCAUAUACAUUCUCCAGUCCCACCAUUGCCUCCACGCUGAGUUACUAAGUCAUAUAAUCGCUAAUUCGUUGAUUAAGCAAGAAUUAUCGACAGUUUGAACAAAAAUUGCAAAAAUGUUGACACGAAUAUCCACGAUCGUUUGCCGGCAAGGGCUAUUAAAAACAAAUAUGAUAUCACAGAAAGCAGUUACACACAGGCAUAUUCAUUUAGUCACUCAAGUAAACAGGACUCCCAGAAGCAAUUCCUUGCUGAAUUUAUACAAACACUACAGAGUUACAGGAAUCUCUUUGGUUCGUUACGCCAGCACAAACGAAAUACCAUCACAAAGCAGUCCAUAUGAUGAAAUACCAGAUCCACCAGCACCAUUACAGGAGAUAGUGGAAAAUGUUGUGACAAUGCAUCCAAACGGAGAAGCAACUUUUGAGAGCUUAGGUCUUGGUGGUUAUGGUCCAGUCGGACUUAUACAGAAUUUUCUAGAAUUUAUGCAUAUAAGUUGUGAUAUACCAUGGUGGGGAGCAAUUGUCGUCGGUACUGUUUGUGCAAGGACUAUUAUAUUCCCGUUGGUAAUAAUGUCACAAAAGAAUGCGAUCAAAUUCAGUAACCACAUGCCUGUGAUACAAGAGCUGCAAAGGAAAAUGACGGACGCUAGAUAUUCCGGUGAUCCACUCGAAAGUGCAAAGGCAGCGGGUGAGUUGAUGAAUUACAUGAAGAAAAACGGAGUUAGUGCCGUGAAGAAUAUUAUGAUGCCAUUAAUCCAGGCGCCGAUUUUCUGCUCCUUCUUCUUCGCCCUGAGAAGUAUGACAAAUUUACCUCUGGACAGUUUGAAACAGGGCGGCUUUUGGUGGUUGACGGAUCUCACUAUACCUGAUCCUUAUUAUAUAAUGCCUAUAAUUACUAGUGUGACAAUGUAUAUCACAAUCGAGCUCGCCACAGAUGGUGUUAAUCUCCAAAUGAUGGGCGUGAUGCGAUACGUCGUACGAGUUAUGCCCUUCAUCCUAUUGCCGUUCAUGAUAAACUUCCCUGGUGCUAUUUUGACGUAUUGGGUGUCAACGAAUUUCAUUUCCCUGAUACAAACUGGCGUAUUAAAGAUUCCAUAUGUAAGAAAAGCUCUGAAAAUGCCCGUCCUCGUAAGACACAAGCCUGUACCGUCAGUUAGUAAAAAAAAUUUUAUCGAAGAAUUCAAAGAAUCUUGGACAAACAUGAAGAUAUCAAGGCAGUUAUCUGAGAGAGAACGAGCGGAUGCAGUGCAAUUUAACAGCGCUGGUAAAGGUCCCUUAGUGAAAACAUUUAAAUAUGAUCCGAUAAAACAAAAAAAACAAUCGACUGUUCUCACGAAAGGUAGAUAAUAGUUUCAUUCAUAAUGUAAUUUGAUUUUAUUGUAAUUAAUAUUAAUGUAAUUUGAUUACAUAAUAUGCAAUAUAAUUAAUUCGCAAUUGUAGUUACAAUAAAGCAAAUCUUAUUUAAUAUGAAAUCCAGUUCUAAUAACCUAAAUUGCUAGCGUAAAAUAUUGAAACUAUAUUUUCCUAAUACAAAGCAUGAAGUUGUAUAAAAAUACAAAAAUAUUGGCUAAAUGUGGGAUAUAACAAAACAAAAAAAAAACCAAUUCGACAGAUUUA